AAUAGGAGACGAUCGGAAUCUCGAUCAUUCAAAACAAAUUUUAAAAACAAAAUCGAGGUAUUUAACACCACAACGAAUUUGUUUACGGAAGACAAAAUGAAAAAAUAAUUCGUGGAAAAAUAAUUACGUGAUCGCUUUUUUUUCCUAGACGUUCUUUAAACGAAUUUACCCAUUUAUAUAAAUUUCCAUUCUGUAAGAUGUUUCAGCAUGCGCUUUCAACUGUUACACUCUACUGUUUGUGCCUGUGGUCCGUAGUCUACGGUCAUGAAUGUCCCAAGAAGUGGAUUCCGUACAACGAACACUGUUACAAAUUCGUGCGCUACCCCACUCUGGAUUACCAGUCAGCUCGAUUACAAUGCGACUUCUACAAUGCCCAAUUGGUUUCUAUCAGUUCCUCGGAAGAAUUUCGGUUCAUUGAGGAAUGGUUAACGGAAAACGAUCCCUUUUAUCGCAGAUGGUACACCAGUGGAAUUUUACGCGUAAACAGUUGGAAUUGGGAAGGAGAAGACAAUAGUUAUAUAAAUUUCGAUUUCUUCUUGGAUCCUCCUUACGAUCCUGGCCAAAGAAGAAAUGCGGCUUAUACUUAUUCUUCUUCGGCCAAAAAAUCGGGAUUAAUUCCGGUGUUUUCCGACGAACAAUUACCUUUCAUCUGCGAAAUUCAUCAGAAAAAUUCGCACGAAAUUCCAUUGGAAAGAUAUAUUGGUUACGGUGUAAACGUGUUGAACGAAGAAAAAGUUCCGAGAGGGCCACGUUUUAUAAAAACCCCCGAAUCGGCGGUAGUUUCUCGACACAGUACAAAAGUGGUGGUAUUCGAGUGUGCAGCUGACGGUUAUCCUCUACCCAAUUACGUCUGGUAUAAGGCAGAAUACAGGAGGGACGAAAUUGUGAACAAAACAGUCGAUCCUCUCUCGGAUUAUCGUUACACACAGACGGACGGAACUCUUCAGAUCCUCGAUCCAAGUCCGAAUAUCGACAGAGGACAAUACUUUUGCAUCGCAUCCAACCAAUACGGACUCGUCAAAAGCCCAAUUGUCAAGUUGACAUUUGGAAAUAACGUCGAAUUUCCCAAAAGUAGGCAGAUGGAAUACGGGAAAGAAAACUGGGGGAAGGCCUUGUCUUGCAAUGCUCCUCGGUUUUAUCCAAGUGUUUUCUACGCCUGGAACAGAGACAAAUUUGCCAGUUUCGUACAAGAGGAUCGAAGAGUUUUCUCCUCGUUUGACGGGACUUUAUACUUUUCUUCUGUGGAGAAAGCCGAUCAAGGCAAUUAUUCCUGUAUGGUCAAGAAUCCCAUCACCGAUGACGGUCGCAUAGGACCCAAAUUCUACUUAGAAGUGCAACCUGCGACCAGUAAACAAAAGUUACAAUUUCCAAAUAAUUUCUUAAAGAUUUUUCCUGAUAAUCCUACGGUUGGUAAUGACGUUCGAUUGGAAUGUAUGGCAUACGGAUAUCCGACGCCAUUUUAUAAGUGGACCAGAGAAGGCCGUAGGAAUGAAUUGCCCAAAAAUUCUAAUCUAAAAAGUUACAACCGAGUGUUGAUAAUAUCGAACGUGAAAGAGGAAGAUCAAGGAAAAUACGUUUGCAAAGCCUACAACGAAGAGGAAUCCAUCGAAACCUCCAUUAAACUGAGCUUAGAAGCAUUUCCCAAAUUUACCAUUCCUUUGGAAGACGCCAUAUUGGAUUCCGGUUCGCAGUUGAAAUGGAAGUGCGAAGCGUACGGAAUUCCGGAAGUGGAAUAUUCUUGGUAUAAAAACGGAAAUAGAUUGAAGUCCAAUAUGUCCAGUUUCGGUUACGGAAAUCGCUACAGAAUACAGGAUAACGUUCUUAUCAUAGACGAAGUGUCAGAAGAGGAUAAAGGCACCUACCAGUGUAGGGCAAAAAAUGAGUUAGGUGUCGUCAUCUCUAGCGGGAGGUUGAAGAUUCUUUCUCUCGCUCCAAAUUUCAUCAAAUACCCGUUAGAACCGGAUGUGUACGUUGCGGAAGGUGGCAAUCUUACCAUUCCUUGUCGUCCGGAAGCUGUCCCUCCUCCCAAAUAUUCUUGGAGCCACAAUGGUAAAGCUGUAUCUGGAGGAAGAUUUCGCAUCAAGGAUAACGGAUAUCUUCAUAUUGAAUCCGCCAGGUUCCUAGACGAAGGAAUUUACACGUGCGAAGCAACUAACAGAUAUGGUUCCGCUAAAAGUAGUGGACGUUUAGUAGUGUUACCUUAUCCAUCACUGAGGGAGUUCCCCCCUCGUACUAUGACAGCCAAAAUAAACACCAACCUGACCUUAAAAUGCGAAGCUCGAGUGAGUCCUCUACUAGAAGUUGCAUACAUUUGGUACUUGAACGGCUUAAGAAUCGACUUUACAAUGCAGAAAGAAUAUUCCGUGGGUGAUAACGCCGGUUAUUUGGACAUAAAUAACAUCAGCCUGGCCCAAGCGGGCGUUUAUACUUGCUUAGCCAAAACAUACUUGGGAUCCGUCAACGCCUCGACCGAAUUGGUAGUAUUGGCUCCUCCGGCUGCACCGGCUGCCGUGCUGGCCGAUGAUCUGUCCAUCACAUCUGGAUUCAUACACUGGAGCGACGGUACCGAUAAUGGGCGCCCCAUUCAUCAUUACGUAGUAGAAGGUUACACGGAACACAACAAAACUUGGAGCUUUCUCAUCAAUGCUUCAAUAUCCAAAACCAAUGUGGAUCAAUACAAUGGCCGGCGAAGACUGUUUCUAGAAAACGUACUGUCACCAUGGAACGUUUACAGUUUCCGUGUUUCUGCCAUUAACGAAAUCGGGAGGGGACCACCCAGUUUGGCUAGUCCCACUUACCCCACCGGAAAUGACAAACCAUACAAAACCCCCAGUAACGUGGGGGGAGGAGGUGGACACGUCGGAACUCUCACCAUAACGUGGAGUCCUCUUCCGAUGGUGGACUGGAAUGCCCCAAACAUCUGGUAUAAUGUUUAUUAUAGAAAAUUGGGAUCGAAAGAAGAAUAUUACCGGAUAGACUUGAAAGAUGUUCGCACUAACGGUUGGUAUACUGUCAAUGUAGGAGAAGAGAAUUACUACUUAAAAUACCAGGUCAGAGUUCAAGCCAUUAACGACCUAGGCCCGGGACCAAUCAGCGAUGCGGUUACAGUGUAUUCGGCAGGAAGAAUGCCCCAGGUUCGGCCAAUCAACGUCAAGGCUCUUCCAUUUAAUUCCACGUCAUUGAACGUUUCUUGGGAUCCAAUAGACAUGACCCGCGAGAAAGUCGGAGGAAAACUUAUUGGAUACAGGAUCAAAUACUGGAUAAAGGACAAAAACCCCGAAACAGACUCGUUAAUUUUGCUAAAUUGGGGCACUACGCCCUGGGGUCUGAUCGUCGGAUUGAGACCGUUCACGGAAUAUUGGGUGUCUGUCAUGGCCUAUAACGACGCCGGAAGCGGGGUUGAAAGCGAAAAAUUCUUGGCCCGAACCUAUAAAAUGGCGCCGCAAAGGGCCCCGACCAACGUUAACGUUAAAUUUGUAUCGUUUACUUCCGCAUCCGUUAGAUGGAGAGGGAUGUUAACCUCUACCGAAGAAGAACCGAUUAUGGGAUACAAGGUACGAUAUUGGGUGUCUGGACAAGACCUGGCCAAUGCCACUGACGUCAUCAAGUGUCUUGACGGAGAAGAUUUGGAAGUUAAAAUUUCCGGUCUCAAGUUCGGGAUAACGUAUACUUUAAGAGUUUUGGCCUACAGUUUGGGGGGAGACGGGAAAAUGUCUUCUCCCCCUUCGAGAUUCACUAUUGUCUAUCCCCAGAAGGGAGGAGAGGAAAGUCGGAAAUUCCAAUUCCCAAUUUUAUUAAUUAUUUUGAUUAUCCAUUUUGUGAAUAAUCCGUAAUCCAGAGGAGGAAAUUGAAGACGUAAUUUUCUGUGUAUAUUUAUUACAGAAUUUAAAUACAAAUCAACGAAACCUUUGUACCUUUUAAUAAUUGCUUUAAUAAAGGAUUACGCUAGUCACUGAUCUUUGAAUACGAACA